UCUCUCUCUCUCUCACUGGCAGGCAGGCAGGCAGGCAAAACAGAUCAAAAUCUCUCUCUCUCUCUCUCUCUCUCUCUCUCUUCCCCCCCCCCCCCCCCCCCCUACCUCCAUGACUGACCCUUCAGAGACCUUAACUGAAUUAAACCCACACACCCCUCUCUCUCUGCAAUAACUACAGUUCUUUUACUGUGUAAACUGGAGAAUCCAGAAGCACAGAGAAGCCAUUGAACCCAUAAAUCUCUCUCGCUUUGCCACUCUCUCCCAUGCGCUUGCUAUCUCAUUCUUCACCAUCAGCUUCUUCUUCUUCUUCCUCCAACGUCUGCUCUGUUCCUUCCUAAAUCGGGUAACUAUGGAGGAAACAGAGGACUCCAAUGCAAACAACAAGAAAUGCACCCAAAAGACCUCAGCUCUCCGUGGCAGAGCUUCCCCUGCCGGCAAGAACCUCAGUCAGUACCAUCACCACCGCCGCCAGUUCUUGCAGCAGACCAAUCACUGCCAGCGUUACUACUAUCCUGCUCUUCUUCCUCUACCUCCUCCAAUCCCCCUGCAGUUCGCUCCGCCGCUACCGCUGCCGCCGGCGCCGCCAUUGCUGGUCCCACAAGGCCAGCGGUUGAUUCCGAAAACCCUCCUCCGGAGAGCUUCAUGCAAGCUCAACCCCGCCCCCUCCGACCCCAUUGUCACAAAUUUGCCGGCUGCCCAGGUGGUUCCGAGGCAGAAGACUGAUAAUUCUCUGCCCUUUGGAGGAGAAGAUGGGAGAAGGCGGGAACCCCUGGCUAUUGCUAGGAGGCCCGACUCAGGCGGUGUAGAAGGCCUCGUCAUCCCUCUUCUUGCAAACCAUUUCCUAGUCCGGUUCGACCCCUCGCAGCGGAUUUAUCACUACAAUGUCGAGAUCACCCCGAAUCCUUCGAGGGAGAUUGCUCGCAUGAUAAAAUGGAAGCUAGUCGAGGAAAACAAAGUCGCGCUCUCCGGUGCCCUUCCAGCCUUUGAUGGGCGGAAGAAUCUAUAUAGCCCCGUGGAGUUUCAGAAUGACCGGCUGGACCUCUUCAUCAGCCUCCCAAUUCCGACCCAUAAGUCGGGUGAUUUAAAGGUCGAGCAUUUAAGGCAUGAGUUAUUCCGAGUAAAUAUAAGACUUGUAUCGAAGCUUGAUGGGAAGAGCCUGAGCAACUACUUGAGCAAGGAAGGUGACGACUGGGCCCCGCUCCCCCAAGACUAUAUACAGGCUUUAGAUAUAGUGCUUCGGGAGAGCCCGAGCGAGAAGUGUUCCCCGGUAGGGAGAUCGCUGUACUCGACUGCGAUGGGUGGGAGUAGAGAGAUUGGAGGAGGAGCCCUCGGGAUGAGGGGCUUCUUCCAGAGCUUGAGACCGACCCAACAAGGUCUCGCCCUUAAUGUCGAUUUCUCCGUUACUGCCUUUCAUGAAAGCAUCGGAGUGAUCCCUUACCUAGAGAAGCGCCUCAAGUUCCUCCGGGACCUCUCUCAAAGAAAGACUAGGAGGUUGAUAGACGAAGAGCGGAAGGAGGUGGAGAAGGCACUAAAGAAUAUCCGCGUGUUUGUCUGCCACCGAGAGACUGUUCAGAGGUACCGUGUUUAUAGCCUGACCGAGGAAGCAACUGAGAAUCUUUGGUUUCCAGAUCGGGACGGGAAGAAUCUGAGGCUUGUGACUUACUUCAAGGAUCACUAUAACUAUGAAAUACAAUAUAGGAACUUGCCCUGCUUACAAGUGAGUCGUAGUAAGCCUUGUUAUCUCCCGAUGGAGCUUUGUGUGAUCUGUGAAGGGCAGAAAUUUCUUGGGAAGCUUUCUGAUGAUCAGACUGCAAGAAUACUUAAGAUGGGGUGCCAGAGGCCGAGAGAGCGGAAGGCCAUUAUACAUGGAGUUGUUCGAGGACCUGUGGGGCCGACUAGUGGGAACCAGGAAAAAGAAUUCAAGCUCCAUAUCUCGAGAGAGAUGACCCGAGUGAACGGGAGAAUCCUUCUGCCUCCCAAGCUAAGGCUCGGCGAUCGCGGCCAUACAAGAGACCUCAUUCCCUCUCGGCAAGACCGCCAGUGGAACCUCCUAGACAGCCACGUUUUUGAAGGAAUCCGAAUAGAGAAAUGGGCGCUGAUAAGUUUCGGUGGAACUCGAGACCAGAGGUCCAACAUUCCGAGAUUCAUAACCCAGCUGUCCCAAAGAUGCGAGCAGCUCGGGAUACAUCUCAGCAAGAAUGGAGUCAUUGCCCCGCAAUUCGAACCAACCCAAGUGCUCAACAAUGUCUCCCUCUUGGAAAGCAAGCUGAAGAACAUCCAAAAGACUGCAUCGAACAAGCUGGAGCUUCUUCUGUGCGUUAUGGAGAGGAAACACAGAGGUUAUGGGGAUCUGAAGAGAAUCGCGGAGACAAGCAUCGGGGUUGUGACCCAGUGUUGCCUAUAUUCGAACCUCACCAAGUUGAGCUCGCAGUUCCUCGCAAAUUUGUCACUUAAAAUAAACGCGAAGUUGGGAGGAUGUACCGUGGCUCUAUACAACUCAUUGCCCUCUCAGAUCCCGAGGCUUCUGCGCUGCGACGAGCCAGUGAUGUUCAUGGGCGCUGAUGUGACCCAUCCUCACCCACUUGAUGACUCGAGCCCAUCAGUGGCGGCAGUUGUUGGCAGCGUGAAUUGGCCCACAGCCAACAAGUAUGCCUCAAGGAUGCGAUCGCAGACUCACCGGCAAGAGAUCAUCGAGGAUCUGCAAGAAAUGGUUGUGGAGUUGUUGGAGGAUUUCCGGCAAGAACUGAAGAAGCUUCCUGAGAGGAUCAUCUUUUUCCGGGACGGGGUGAGCGAGACCCAGUUUCACAAGGUCCUCAAGCUAGAGCUACAGGCGAUAAGGGCUGCCAGUUCGAGUUUCUUCCCUGGAAAUUACAAGCCCAGCAUUACAUUUGCUGUUGUUCAGAAGAGGCACCACAUGAGGUUGUUUCCCGAUGAGAUGGAUCAGUCUUUUAUCCAAAACUACAUCUCGGAUGAGAAUAUUCCCCCAGGAACUGUGGUGGACACUGUGAUCACCCACCCGAAGGAGUUCGACUUCUAUCUUUGCAGCCACUGGGGGGUGAAGGGCACAAGCCGACCAACUCACUACCACAUUCUCUGGGAUGAGAACGGGUUCACAUCUGACGAGCUUCAGAAGCUCGUGUACAACCUGUGCUACACAUUUGUGAGAUGCACGAAGCCGGUGUCUCUGGUGCCACCGGUUUACUAUGCCCAUCUGGCCGCUUACAGGGGCAGGCUUUACCUCGAUAGGUCGGACCCUUCUUCGAUGGGUUAUGACUCGCGGAAAAAUAAUAUUAGCAACAUGAAUAACGUGAGCCAUCAGGUGUCUCGGGCUGCUCCCCCGAAGGCAACCCCGCUACCCAAACUCAGCGAGAAAGUCAAGAAUCUCAUGUUCUUCUGCUGAUCACAUUUGACUCUUUCUUGCUAGGUAUAUAGGAAAGAGGAGAGCAGAAGAUUAUUAGUAAGUUAACUUGUUCGUAAUAUACAUUUGCAGAUAGAUAUCUCUCAUCUGUGUUUGAUACUGUUGGUUAGCAAUUUAACCCUAGCAAGGAUAGAAAUCAUGCAGUUCCUGUUAAAUGUUCAAGAAGCCAGAUCAUACGUGGUAAUAUCCUUUCCGUGUACAUUGUUAACGCGCGCGAGUUAAUAAAUAACAAACCCCGAGUUUACAACUGGUUUCUUUA